UGUACCGUACCUACACAUGUACCAAUGAAGGAAUCGUCGUCAUUCUUUGGUGUUCAAGACCCGCGCAAGCAGCUUCAGCUAACAGUAUUUUCGUCUUUCGUGAGCGAGAAGAUCCAGUCAUGGUGUUUCCAGCCAACGCAGCCCUGGUGGCUUUCCUGAGCGUCAUCGUCGUGGUAGCAUCUUAUGACAUGGAGUCCUGGGACAGGCCUAACCCCACACUCUACGAUUCCUCGCUCAGUCCUGAUGAAGACUUCCUUCUCAACUAUCUCAGGAGCAGAAGCAGUGGUUCCGACCUUGUUCGAAAGAGGUCCCGGGGUAUGUUGGACUUUGGUAUGACCCGAGGUGCAUCGGGAGCCAAGGCAGCAAAGGCCAGGCUGGGACUGAAGCUGGCGAACGACCCCUACGGACCGGGCCGCUGAACUUCUCUUCGUCUAUAAACACAACAUAGCGGAAAUCUCAUUUCUACACAGAACAUAAUCGAUAGCACGAAAAUGAUAAGUGUAGAAUUUGAGACAUCACUGCUUCCUUUGUUUCGUUAGUCGUUGUACCCCACUUUAGAAAGUACCAUAUACAGAGCAGCUUCUUCACGGGUAAGUCGCAACCAGAGGACGUCGGCCUCUCAUGGCAGAAAGAUUUUUUUCAAGAUGGAGAACAGGACAACAAGGAGGGUACGCUUUAGAGCUGACAAACAAUAUGGAUUCUACGUUACAACUUACGACCAAGUACCGCAUAUAAGCAUAAUGUGGUAACAGUGCUGGUGCGGAUCCGGCCCUGGGUACCCCAUCCAUAUCCACCAAGUGCAAAACGCACUCUCGAACCUUCCGCAUUAUGUUUCCUGAAAAACUUCUUUCGAGACGUAGUUACCACGAAACGCUUCUAUCUCCUUCUAUCUACAAACUGUGAUACACAUUGCACUCUCGGUUGGUAUCUGUCGUGGUAGGCGUUAUGCAUUAUCUAAUCAAAUAGGAGAACAGGAAAAGCGAUGGCGAAUCUCUUCCUCAACUUGAACACCGUUUUGAUUAUUUCAUGUUCACUCUUACAACAUGGCACACAUAAACGUCGUUACUUCAUACCACACAGCGUUACUGUAAUGUAGAAUUCUGCUGGUCAUUUUCGAGAUGUCCUGUGUGAGUUGAGUGUAUAAACGGACGGAAUGUAGUGCGUUGCUGCACUCAAACGUGCAAUCUAAGUUUCUCUGCACUAUACAAGGACAAGCGGAAUUCGCCAAUAAAAAAAGUAAACUAACGUACUUGUCACCCAUGUGUACAUACAAGAAUGAUAUGUCUUGGUCCGAUUUGAUCUCGCUUACUUUUGUUCCAUGGCAAGUACCGUUUGUACACGCGCUGUUUAACAGCGUUACAUAUUGAGAGUCGUCGAACGAGUUUAUGAAAUGUUGCUGAGAUACCGGUAUUUUCAUAUGGUUAAGUUACUGUCCAGAUACGUGUCUCUCUAGCUGUCCCUCCUGUACGAAAAAUAUUCAGUUCAAUAAAGCUGGGCAUAUCUA